UGCAAGAUGGCCACCCAUCAUAGGCAAAAUGCUGCUGGGCGGAGAAAAGUACAGGUGUCAUAUGUCAUUAGGGAUGAGGUUGAGAAGUACAAUCGGAAUGGGGUUAAUGCACUCCAACUGGACCCAGCACUGAACCGGCUCUUUACUGCUGGAAGGGAUUCCAUCAUCCGGAUAUGGAGUGUCAAUCAGCACAAACAGGAUCCAUACAUUGCCUCGAUGGAGCACCAUACAGAUUGGGUUAAUGACAUUGUUCUCUGUUGCAAUGGAAAAACAUUGAUAUCUGCCUCUUCAGAUACAACAGUCAAAGUGUGGAAUGCACAUAAAGGGUUCUGCAUGUCAACGUUACGGACACACAAAGACUAUGUGAAAGCCUUGGCCUAUGCUAAAGACAAGGAGUUAGUGGCAUCAGCAGGCUUAGACCGUCAAAUUUUCCUUUGGGAUGUGAACACACUAACAGCACUCACAGCAUCCAACAACACUGUCACCACCUCAUCACUCAGUGGGAACAAAGACUCUAUCUAUAGCCUGGCUAUGAAUCAGAUGGGCACAGUCAUUGUGUCAGGAUCCACAGAAAAGGUCCUGAGAGUGUGGGACCCGCGUACUUGUGCAAAAUUGAUGAAACUAAAAGGUCACACGGACAAUGUCAAAUCAUUGUUGCUGAAUCGAGAUGGCACUCAGUGUCUGUCAGGCAGCUCCGAUGGGACCAUCCGCCUGUGGUCCCUCGGCCAACAAAGGUGUAUUGCCACCUACCGGGUCCAUGACGAAGGGGUUUGGGCCCUGCAGGUCAACGAGGCCUUCACACACAUCUACUCUGGUGGCAGGGACAAAAAAAUUUACUGCACUGAUCUGCGCAACCCAGACAUCCGUGUGCUCAUCUGUGAGGAGAAAGCGCCAGUGCUCAAAAUGGAAUUGGACAGAUCUGCUGACCCACCUCCAGCGAUCUGGGUCUCCACCACCAAGUCAUCCGUUAACAAAUGGUCACUCAAGGGAAUGCACAACUUCAGAGCAUCAGGAGAGUAUGACAAUGACUGUAGUACCCCUUUGACACCGUUGUGUACUCAACCUGAGCAAGUCAUUAAGGGAGGUGCCAGUAUUAUUCAGUGUCACAUUCUGAAUGAUAAAAGGCAUAUACUCACCAAAGAUACCAACAACAACGUGGCUUUCUGGGACGUCCUUAAGGCUUGCAAAGGGGAAGACCUGGGGAAAGUGGAGUUUGAUGAGGAGAUCAAAAAUCGCUUCAAAAUGGUUUACGUACCAAACUGGUUCUCUGUUGAUCUGAAAACUGGGAUGCUUACCAUCACAUUGGAUGAGAGUGACUGCUUUGCUGCCUGGGUGUCUGCAAAGGAUGCUGGAUUUUCAAGCUCUGAUGGCUCUGACCCAAAGUUGAACCUGGGUGGGCUGCUGCUUCAGGCGCUGCUCGAGUUCUGGCCCAGGACGCACAUCAACCCCAUGGACGAGGAGGAGAAUGAGGUUAACCACGUGAAUGGUGAGCAGGAAAACAGGGUCCAGAAAGGAAAUGGUUACUUCCAGGUGCCACCGCACACGCCAGUCAUCUUCGGGGAGGCAGGAGGGAGAACUCUAUUUAGGCUGCUAUGUCGAGAUUCAGGUGGAGAGACGGAGUCCAUGUUGCUUAACGAGACAGUUCCACAGUGGGUCAUAGACAUAACUGUAGAUAAAAAUAUGCCCAAGUUCAACAAAAUUCCAUUCUACCUCCAGCCUCAUUCUUCCUCCGGUGCAAAAACUCUAAAGAAGGAUCGUCUGUCGGCCAGUGACAUGCUCCAGGUGAGGAAGGUAAUGGAGCAUGUUUAUGAGAAGAUCAUCAACCUAGACAACGAGUCGCAGACCACCAGUUCCUCGGCCAAUGAGAAGCCGGGGGAGCAGGAGAAGGAGGAAGACAUGGCAAUGCUAGCUGAGGAAAAGAUUGAGCUAAUGUGCCAGGACCAGGUUCUAGAUCCCAACAUGGACCUGCGAACAGUAAAACAUUUUAUCUGGAAGAGCGGAGGAGACUUGACGCUUCACUAUAGGCAGAAGUCAACGUGAAAGUCAUUAACUUUUAAAGAGAAAAAGAACUCGUCAUUUUGCCAAUCACCACCCACCUCUGACAUAUAGUACCCCCAACCCCAUUGUGUGGUCAGGAGUCGCAGUAUCAAUGAGGACCCAGUGAAAGCUGUGAGCAUUUGGCUCACAAACUACCAUAGUGAACUCAGAACAGGCCGGAGCGGCUGGAACACCUGGGAGAAAAAUGGUUUGUAGAUUUUCCUUUUUUUUCCCUUUUUUUUUGGGGGGGGGGGCACGAUAUGUACAAUUUGAAGGAUUGAGUCAAAUGUUUAAUCUAACACCUAUUAUUUUUUUCAUCUUUGACUGCUCUUUUUAUUCUUUGUCCUGAUGAUUGGCAUUUUAUGUUGAAGCGACUGGUAUUCAAUACGUGUUUGUUUGUCCGAGUAUGUGUAUGCACAUGGAUGUAGUAGACUAAUGUUUGUUCUAGUACAUUCCAGAAACUGUCUUUGUUCUCCCAACACUCCACCAUCUAUACAGUACCACCGCCUAGGAAUAAACUUGGUCUCUGGGUAGUUUCACAGUUCCUCAAAGCAAUCAACUUCCUAUGUUUUUUU